UGAAACUCGGAAACUUAAAAUCCCACAAAACGCCAAAACAAAAACAAGAAAAAUUUCACUUAAUUAUCUUUCACACACAGGAACAGAGCGAGCGAAAGUGAGAGAUAAAGAGAGCAGAGAUCGACAGUGUCAAAAUCCCUAAACAAUUUCCAGAUCAAACCCUAAUUUCAUCUCUCAUUUCUGCAAUUCCCAUACUUCCCAUUCUCAGAUCCACUUUCUCUCUCCAUUUCUCUAUUGGAAUUGGCGUUUCCCCACCUUUCUUUAUACAUAGGUUUGAUAGGGAGGUAGAUUUUCUUUUUCACUUCUGUUUUUUUGCGGUUUUAUUACUAUGGCGUGUAUAAAAUCGGUGAAUAGAUCGGCGUCGGUGGCGCUAGCGCCGGAUGCACCGUAUAUGGCAGCGGGGACGAUGGCGGGAGCAGUGGAUCUGUCCUUCAGCUCGUCCGCUAGUCUCGAGAUCUUCAAGCUUGAUUUUCAAUCAGAUGAUCGUGAUCUUCCUUUGGUUGGUGAGUUUCAGAGCUCCGAGAGAUUUAACCGUCUCGCUUGGGGAAGAAAUGGAUCCGGGUCCGACCAGUAUUCUCUUGGACUCAUUGCGGGUGGGCUCGUUGAUGGCAGUAUUGAUAUUUGGAAUCCUCUGAAUCUGAUCCGUUCAGAGACGAGUGAAGGUGCCCUUGUUGGACAUCUAUCAAAUCAUAAAGGGCCUGUUCGUGGUCUUGAAUUUAACACUUUUACCCCUAACCUACUUGCAUCUGGUGCCGACGAUGGUGAAAUUUGCAUUUGGGAUUUGGCUGCACCUUCAGAACCUUCUCAUUUCCCUCCUUUAAAGGGUAGUGGUUCUGCUGCACAAGGUGAAAUUUCUUAUGUUUCUUGGAAUUGCAAGGUUCAACAUAUAUUGGCAUCCACUUCCCUCAAUGGAAUAACUGUUGUUUGGGACCUAAAGAAGCAAAAACCAGUGAUAUCUGUUGAAGAUUCAGUUAGAAGGAGGUGUUCUGUUUUACAGUGGCAUCCUGAUGUUGCCACUCAGCUUAUUAUUGCAUCUGAUGAUGACAGCUCUCCUGCUUUGCGGCUUUGGGAUAUGCGGAACACAAUGACACCAGUGAAAGAGUUUGUUGGGCACACUAAGGGUGUGAUUGCGAUGUCAUGGUGUCCAAGUGACAGUUCCUAUUUGCUUACCUGUGCUAAAGAUAAUCGAACUAUUUGCUGGAACACUGUAACUGGAGAGAUUGUCCGUGAAUUGCCUGCUGGUGCGAACUGGAAUUUUGAUGUGCACUGGUAUCCAAAGAUACCAGGGGUGAUCUCAGCCUCAUCUUUUGAUGGAAAGAUUGGCAUUUACAACAUUGAGGGUUGCAGUCGAUACAGUGCUGGUGAGAAUGAUUUUGGAGCAGUCACACUAAGAGCUCCAAAAUGGUAUAAACGCCCAGCUGGGGUGUCUUUUGGCUUUGGAGGGAAGCUUGUUUCAUUUCACCCUAGGUCAUCCUCUGCAAGUGCUUCGGAGGUCCUUUUGCAUAACUUAGUUACAGAGCACAGUUUGGUGAGUCGUUCUUCUGAAUUUGAAGCUGCCAUACAAAAUGGGGAGAAGUCAUCAUUAAAAGCUUUAUGUGAGAAAAAGUCUCAGGAGUCUGAAUCUGAGGAUGAACGUGAAAUUUGGGGCUUCUUGAAGGUUAUGUUUGAAGAAGAUGGGACAGCAAGGACAAAGAUGCUUACCCACCUUGGUUUCAGUGUACCUGUUGAAGAGAAAGAUGUUGUACAGAAUGAUAUCUCCCAACAAAUAGAUUCCAUUCGGCUUGAUGAUACAGCAACAGAUAAAGUGGGAUAUGAGAGUGUCAAAGAGGCCACUGUUUUCUCUGCAGAUGAUGGGGAAGAUUUCUUUAACAAUCUGCCUAGCCCCAAAGCUGAUACACCUAAAUUUACUUCUAUCAAUAACAUUGGCGCUGGACAUUCUGCUUCCUAUGCGGAAGAAAUAAAACAAGAACCAGAUGGACUGGAGGAGAGUGCUGAUCCAACAUUUGAUGAUAGUAUUCAGAGUGCUUUGGUAGUGGGGGACUAUAAGGGUGCUGUUGCACAGUGCAUAUCUGCAAAUAAAAUUGCUGAUGCUUUAGUUAUUGCUCAUGUUGGUGGUAGUUCCCUAUGGGAGAAUACUCGUGAUCAGUACCUUAAGAUGAGCCGUUCUCCUUACUUGAAGAUUGUAUCUGCGAUGGUGAACAAUGAUCUCAUGAGUCUUGUAAACACCAGGCCUCUGAAAUACUGGAAAGAAACACUUGCUCUUUUGUGUACAUUCGCACAGAAUGAGGAAUGGAGUCUGCUAUGCAAUUCACUUGCAGCUAAGCUGAUGGCUGCUGGCAAUACUUUGGCAGCAACUCUUUGUUUUAUUUGUGCGGGAAAUAUAGACAAAACUGUUGAAAUUUGGUCAAGGAACCUGACAACUGAACGCGAAGGCAAAUCAUAUGUUGAACUCCUUCAGGAUUUGAUGGAGAAGACUAUUGUCCUUGCUCUGGCAAGUGGUCAGAAGCAAUUUAGUGCAUCUUUGUGCAAGCUUGUUGAGAAAUAUGCUGAAAUUUUAGCCAGUCAGGGGCUUUUAUCAACAGCAAUGGAGUACCUCAAACUUUUGGGGUCUGACGAAUUGUCUCCUGAACUUAUAAUCCUACGAGAUUGUAUUUCCCUCUCCACAGAACCUGAUAAAGAUGCCAAGAGCACGGCUUUUGAAAACUCCCAACAGCAAGGUGGGUUAAUGUAUGCUGAACAACAUAGUUUUGGUAUGACUGAUGCAUCUCAGCACUAUUAUCCGGAAAAUGCACCAUCACAAGUGCAUCAAAAUGUUCCUGGCAGUCCAUACAGUGAAAAUUAUCAACAAACUCUUGGUCCUUCAUAUGGAAGAGGAUAUGGUGCUCCUACUCCAUAUCAGCCUGCACCACAGUCUGCAACUUAUCCGCCUGCCUCACAACCUGGAAUGUUCAUUCCAUCUCAGGCACCUCAGGUUCCUCAGGCAAAUUUUGCUCCACCUCAAGCUGCCACUCAACAAGCUGUGAGGACUUUUGUUCCAUCAAAUGUCCCUAUUCUGAGAAAUGCAGAGCAGUACCAGCAACCGACAUUGGGUUCUCACUUAUAUCCUGGGACUGCUAAUGCUACAUAUCAGCCUGUACAGCCUCCAGCUGGUUCACAAGGUCCUGUUCCAUCUCAAUUGGGUCCUAUGCCUGGCCAUAAAAUACCACAGGUUGUGGCCCCCACUUCAACACCCAUGGGUUUUAGGCCUGUAACAAAUUCGGGGGUUAUUCAAAGACCUGGAAUGAGUUCAAUGCAACCUCCCAGUCCUACUCAGUCAGCAUCAGUACAACCAGCCGUGGCACCUGCUGCUCCACCACCUACAGUACAGACUGUUGAUACUUCAAACGUACCAGCUCAUCAUAAACCUGUCAUUAUAACAUUGACGAGACUUUUUAAAGAGACAUCAGAAGCUUUGGGAGGUUCACGUGCAAAUCCAGCUAGAAAACGUGAAAUAGAAGAUAAUUCAAGGAAAAUUGGUGCCUUGUUUGCGAAGCUCAACAGUGGAGAUAUAUCAAAAAAUGCUUCUGAUAAACUUGUUCAGCUGUGUCAGGCAUUAGAUAAAAAUGAUUUCAGCACAGCCCUGCAAAUCCAAGUAUUGCUUACGACAAGCGAGUGGGAUGAGUGUAACUUCUGGCUUGCAACACUCAAACGAAUGAUAAAGACAAGGCAGGCCCGGGUGUGAGAUCAAGUUAAACCCCAAAAUCAUCCAAAUACAGUGAACUCCACUUUGCGUUUUCGAUUUCACAGGUGUGGUAAUGCUCCUUCGGAAUUGAUUGUUUCUUUCUUCAGUGUACACUAAGAAUAUCUUUUCUAGAGUGCAAUUACAGGGUUUUGGAUCGUUGGCCUACAUCUCGCCUUCAAAAAUCUCAAGGGCAGUAAAUCACGUUAUGCAAGCAGUUAGCGAGGAUAGUUGUCAGGUCAUUAAAGAAACUGAAACUAGUUGCUGUUUUUUUUUUUUUUUCUUUGUAUUUUGAUAUUUAUAGUAUAUUCAGAAAUAGAGUUUUGGUUUUAGCCUACCACCAGUGUUUUACAGUUGCAUUUUUGGUGCGAAGUUCAAUGGCAUUAUGAUUCUGCUGUC